UCCUAUACUUAUGUAGCAAAUUAGAAGACAUGAAUACUAGGGUUUCUUCUCAUAGCAUCUUGGGAAAGCGAAACACACUUCAUUCUAUUAUUUGACAUUACCGAAGUCUCUUCUGAAAUUGAUGGCAUGUAAAUAUUACAUGAAAUUAUAUUUCUGUACUUUUAAAUGAUAUGGAAACUGUCCUGCACUAUUUUUUUUUUAAUUUGUUUACCAGCUUCAUGGCCACAGUCUUCUUAGUUCUCAGGGGAAUCCCAUGGUGUUUGCUACUCAUUGUACUCACGCACUUUUUGUCUUCUAGAAGGAAUGGAUCACUUACAGGUAUGCGGGAGUUGCAUGUGUGUAUACAUAUGAUGUAUGGCAUAUAUUACAUACAUUCACACACAAUGAUCUCUUUAGGUAGAGAAAUACUAGCAGGCAUGUCAGAGGCUAUGACUAAAGGGUUUUUUUUUAAAUAAUUUAUUACACUUUUACAUUAUUACUUGACCUGUUCCUGUUCACUCAAGAUGUGAUGAGUUUAUAUCUGAAAGAAACACAGAGGAAUACUAAAAUACUGCUUUAUGUUAGGAACUUUUCUAUUUGCGUUAAGCGCAAGAAACAGUCAACAGUCGAUCCUAGACUGGCGGGUUCCUUCUGUUACAAAACAACUUCCGGGAUGCAUAAGGAAACCUCCAGACUUCCGUUUCCGUUGGCUUGUUGCCCUGGGAACCAGAACACUCCACAAUCUUGACAGUUAUGGCGGGGCUGAGCAGCUCGCAGAUCCCCGACGGUGAGUUCACGGCGGUGGUGUACCGGCUCAUCCGCGACUCCCGCUACUCAGAGGCGGUGCAGCUGCUGGGCGCCGAGCUGCAGAAGAGUCCUCGCAGCCGCGCCGGGCUGUCGCUGCUGGCCUACUGCUACUACCGCCUGCAGGAGUUCGAGCUCGCUGCAGAGUGCUAUGAGCAACUGAGCCAGAUGCACCCGGAACUCGAGCAGUACCGCCUCUACCAGGCCCAGGCUCUGUACAAGGCCUGCCUGUAUCCAGAGGCCACGCGGGUCGCCUUCCUCCUGGACAACCCCACCUACUAUAGCAGGGUCCUUCGUCUCCAGGCUGCUAUCAAGUACAGCGAGGGCGACCUGCCAGGAGCCAGGAGUCUGGUGGAGCAGCUGCUGAGUGGGGAAGCCGGAGAAGACAGUGGAGGGGAGAAUGAUCCAGAUAGUCUGGUCAAUAUGGGUUGUCUGCUCUACAAGGAGGGACACUAUGAAGCUGCCUGUUCCAAGUUCUUUGCAGCUUUGCAGGCUUCUGGCUACCAGCCUGAUGUAUCUUACAACCUGGCUUUAGCUUGUUAUAGCAACAGGCACUAUGCCCCAGCUCUGAAGCAUAUCGCCAACAUCAUUGAGAGAGGCAUCCGUCAGCACCCAGAGCUAGGUGUGGGCAUGACCACUGAAGGCAUUGAUGUUCGAAGUGUGGGCAAUACCAUAGUCCUUCACCAGACUGCUCUGGUUGAAGCCUUCAACCUCAAGGCAGCCAUAGAGUACCAACUGAGAAACUAUGAGGCAGCUCAGGAAGCCCUCACUGACAUGCCACCCAGAGCAGAGGAAGAGUUGGACCCUGUGACCCUGCACAACCAGGCUCUGAUGAACAUGGAUGCCAGGCCCACAGAGGGCUUUGAGAAGCUCCAGUUUCUGCUCCAGCAGAACCCCUUUCCCCCAGAGACCUUUGGCAACCUGCUGUUGCUCUACUGUAAAUAUGAGUAUUUUGACCUGGCAGCUGAUGUCCUGGCAGAAAAUGCCCAUUUGACUUACAAGUUCCUCACACCCUAUCUCUAUGACUUCUUGGAUGCCAUGAUCACUUGCCAGACAGCUCCUGAAGAGGCUUUCAUAAAGCUUGAUGGGCUGGCUGGCAUGCUGACUGAGCAGCUCAGGAGACUCACUAAGCAAGUUCAAGAAGCAAGACAUAACAGAGAUGAUGAAGUUGUCAUAAAGGCUGUGAAUGAAUAUGAUGAAACUCUUGAGAAGUAUAUCCCUGUACUGAUGGCCCAGGCGAAAAUCUACUGGAAUCUUGAAAAUUAUCCAAUGGUGGAGAAGAUCUUCCGCAAAUCUGUGGAAUUCUGUAAUGACCAUGAUGUGUGGAAGCUGAAUGUGGCCCAUGUUCUCUUCAUGCAGGAAAACAAAUACAAAGAGGCCAUUGGUUUCUAUGAGCCCAUUGUCAAGAAGAAUUAUGAUAACAUCCUGAAUGUCAGCGCUAUUGUGUUAGCCAACCUGUGUGUCUCCUACAUUAUGACAAGUCAAAAUGAGGAAGCUGAGGAGCUGAUGAGGAAGAUUGAAAAGGAAGAAGAACAACUCUCCUAUGGUGACCCAGACAAGAAAAUCUACCACCUUUGCAUUGUGAAUUUGGUGAUAGGAACACUUUAUUGUGCCAAGGGAAACUAUGACUUUGGCAUCUCUCGGGUUAUCAAAAGCCUGGAGCCUUACCAUAAAAAGCUGGGAACUGAUACGUGGUAUUAUGCCAAAAGAUGCUUCCUGUCCUUGCUAGAAAACAUGUCAAAACAUACCAUCAUGCUGAGGGACACUGUUAUUCAAGAAUGUGUCCAGUUUCUAGAGCACUGUGAAAUCUUUGGCAGAAAUAUCCCUGCUGUUAUAGAACAGCCCUUGGAGGAAGAGAGAAUGCACAUUGGGAAGAAUACAGUCACGUAUGAGUCCAGACAACUGAAAGCUUUGAUUUAUGAGAUCAUAGGGUGGAAUAUGUAGUUACUUCCGAAAAGGUCAUUAGAGUUUUUCCAAUCUAUAUUUUACUCUCUUUUUAUUUUCCUGUGCAUUUUUAUAUUUGUUUCAGGUUUGACUCUACUUAAUACUAUAGCAACCUGUCCACCAUCGUAACCCUUGUGUGGAUAUAAGCUCCCACAUUCUUGCUACUAGACACAGUCCAUAAUUGCUGCGGCAGCGGCAUCUCUGCAGAGGCAAAAACACUCACUGCACUUAGUGUUUCUGCUUUGGGCUGUAAAGAGGACUUAGGCUCAGUCAGUUACUAGUAUACAGUCACGUGGAUUUGACUGCCUUGUAGACCCGGUUGCUGGACCACAGCAAACCAUCUCUCUAUCAGCAGAGAGAAACAGAAGACAGACUUUGUUCUCUUGGUAGAUUGUGCUGCCCAAUAAAUCUAAUGCUUAGCCAUAUGCCUCCAGGUUUUUUAUCUCUUUUGGUCGAUUGGUUUGUUGGUUGGUCUUGUUUGGGGCCUUUCUGUUACUGUUGUUUGAGUUCUUCCACUUUCUGGACCCCAUCCAAAAUCAAAGUCUAGUUGGAGCUGGCCUAAGUCAUUUUGAAAGGACAAUUACUGGAUGACAGGAUCAUUUUCCUAGGUUCUCUUCAGGUUAUUCUUAGCCAAUGGUUCCAUUUUCUUCCAUAAUGUACUUGGUUAGUUAGUUCUUAUGUUUUAUAAUUAACAUUAUCAUUUCUUUCUGCUUUGGGUUUUCCAUAGUUGACUGCAUCUCAUAAAUAUUUACAAAUACAAAGUGUAGAAAUUCCUUUUUUAAAGGUGUGUAUGUGUAGGCAUGUGGGUGCCAUGAUGUGGUUGUAGAAGUCAGAACAACUUUUGGGAAUAGGUUUCCCCCUUCUGCUGUGAGUCUCAUGGAUUGAACUCAAAUCAUCAGGCUUCCCCAGCAGCACUUUGACCCACUGAGCCACCUUGGAAGCUCGAGUUUAGAAGCUUUGUAAUGUUUCUAGUUUAGAGAGAAAUGUUGAACUGAAAAUGAGAAAGAAAAAAAAGGGAUAAGUUGCAGACACUCUACAGCCUGUGAGUCUUAAUUCUCUUACUCCUCAGGGUCUUACAAUCCUUUCAGCUACUAGACCCUUUCUACAGUUACUUUUGGCAAUAGCGCUAUCUCUAUUUCAGCAAAAUCCAUACAAAGGACACAUGCCUUCUUUUAUAACCUGGAAUGAUGAGCCUGGUCAAAAUGAAAUACAUAACUGCAUCUCAGAUUAAUGCGUUCUAGUACUUGGGCUUACCGAAAAUGUUUACCAUUAAGGGGAAUGUUAUCUCAUAACUUACUGGUUACUAAAAAAAAUUGAAGUUUUUAUUUUUACCUGGUGUUUCUGCAUAUAACUCUAGCUGUGAAUGUAUACAAGGCAGUCCCUCUUUUCUGCUACCAUUGUGCAUAAACUAUGUAUUGUGUUAAUAUUUAGAAAUAAAAAUUCUCUUAAUUUCA